AUUAGCUUCUAGUAUUGGGCCAACAAUUGCGGAUACACUACUCUUGUAAUUGUGAAAAAGGAUAGAUAUCUUUGAAAGAGUUUUCUUACAUAAAAAGAUGAUAACCAUACGUAUCUAUUGAAGCGAAGAUGUGACUGAAUAGAGCCCUGGAUAAUCUGCCAAUGAUUCCUGAAGAACCAAGGCGCAACGAUGCAACACGGAUUGUAUGGAAAGAGGACAAAUGCCACAAAACUAAGAAAACCAUUUCGACAUCUUUUAAAAUGUGGCCAGGAGGCGGACUGAUGAGACAUGCUCUUGUGUUCCUCCUGCUUCUGGACAUAACGUAUGCCAAGCCUAUCCUCGGAGCAGUUGGCAGGAAAAAGCCCAGUCCAGCUAACCUGCUUCCACCGACCCCUGAUAUGCAGAUCGUUGAUAUCAUGGAUAGGAUAGACCGCAUUAUUAAUCUGAUCUGGGAGGAUGCUGGAGAGACUAUCAAGAAUGAAAAGCUCAGGACAGUGUUCUGGGGCAAGAUGAAAUAUCUGCCAUCAAGAUUGCACAUCGCCUUCCUCAGCGGCCCGCGGUUUACUCUCGUCCAACUUUUUCGUGAUCUCAACAAUUGCCCGAGACAAAACUUUCAAAAAUCCUUUCCCUGCGUUGCGACAGCCGUACGUAACGCACAAGCUCUCGGUAGAAAAUUCUACGAGAAAUUCUCAAAGUUUAAUGUUAACCUCCUCAGUAAAAUCGACAAAGAAGAGGAGUUGGCCAAGAUCAAGAAGUCGUAUGUUUACAGCGGGAUACAUAGUCAUCAUAAAGGACGUUAGAUGAAUGGGAACUCUUGGGAGCCGUUAGUUUAGUACGUUCGCAAUAAGGGGAGGGCAUUUGAGAAUUGUUGGCCCCCGUCGUACGCAUGUGCUUUCGGGGGUGGAGGAAUAGGGAGUCGAGAAAAAAAGAAAUUUUGCGUACGUACUAAACGAACGGCACAAUAGCAUUCGUUCGUUGUGUGUGUAGUCGCCGACAGUUUCUAAUAAAUGGUGCAGGGUAAUCAGCCACGUCGGCUGUCACGCGGCUUUGAUGUUACCGUAUGUUUUGAAUGCACUUUCUCUUAUCAAAAAGACACCAAG